AUAAAGCAUAGUUGACAGCCAACGUUUGGGUGACGAAUAACUCUGCGAUAAUUUGUUUCCCUCUUAAUUUUUUACAUUUCAUUUUCAGAUUAUAGAGUUUUUCUUUAAUUUGUGUGUGUUUUUUAUUCUCGAAAACAAUUGAAUUUUAUUGAAGAAUUGUUUAAUUGCAUCAAUCGACAAUAUGCAAUGCAUACAAGGUUAUGGGAAUAGUAGCAGUGAUUCUGAAUCGGACAAUGGAGAAAGUACAGCACAUCUUCGGCCAAUUGACACAAGCAGCUCGGUGGCCAAAACAUUGACCGUAAUGGCUGCACCAGCCGUCGUACCAUUGGGACAAAGUGAUGUGUCACGUGUUAUUGAUCCAAUUUCCAAGGAAUUGGCGUACAAUCCAAGAUACGAAGAACUGUAUGCACCAGUUCAAGGGCCGGAAAAUCCACUUCUAACGGAUCAACAACGUGCACCGCGAAAUACACUGUCGGGAUAUGUGGAAAAGGCACACAUUUCUGCAUUUAAUUUUGAAAACCAACGACGCACCUUUCACACAUACGGUUAUGCCCUGGACCCAUCGGUGAAUGACAAAGAUAACGAUGGACAAUCAUGGGUUGGUGAUGUACAAACAGCAUACGAUACAAAUGGCAAAACGGUAUUUGAAUCACCAAUACCGAAAAAGAAGCGAAAACAAGAGCGCAACGAUAAACCGGAAGAUAUUGAAGGUUUUUCUGGCCCCUGGGCAAAGUAUGAAAAUGAAGAAUCAAUUGCACGACCAAAUGAACAACAAAAAGCCGAACUUGAGGAAAUUCUUGCCAAGAGGCAUCGCAGAAGUCGCAUACAAGAAGAGAAACCACUCGAAGAAAAAUCAAUUUUACACAUCAAAGACGCAUUGGAUUAUCAAGGUCGUUCGUUUUUGCAUGCACCACACGAUGUUGGUGUGAAUCUACGGUCAUCAGCGCAUCCAGACAAAUGUUUCCUGCCAAAGGCUCACAUUCACACAUGGACCGGCCACACAAAAGGUAUCUCAUCGAUACGACUCAUACCGAAAACCGCACACUUGCUGCUCUCUGGCUCAAUGGAUUGCCGCGUAAAACUGUGGGAAGUGUACAAUGAUCGACGAUGCAUUCGAACGUAUUUUGGACAUCGGCAAGCUGUCAAAGAUGUUGGUUUCAAUAAUGAUGGUACACAAUUCCUAUCGGCCGCAUAUGAUCGAUACAUAAAAUUAUGGGACACAGAAACCGGUGACGUUGUACAUCGUUUUACAUCGAAGAAAAUUCCAUUCUGUGUUAAAUUUCAUCCAGACAAAAGUAAACAACAUCUCUUCGUCGCUGGUACAUCGGACAAGAAAAUUAUUUGCUGGGAUACACGAAGUGGUGAAAUCGUGCAAGAAUAUGAUCGACAUUUGGGUGCAGUCAAUACAAUCACAUUUGUGGACGAAAACCGGCGAUUUGUAACGACAUCAGACGACAAAAGUAUGAGAAUUUGGGAAUGGGACAUUCCAGUCGAUGUAAAAUACAUCGCCGAUCCGACGAUGCAUUCAAUGCCAUCGGUGACCCUUUCUCCAAAUGGAAAAUGGUUAGCGUGCCAGAGUCUUGACAACAAAAUCUCCAUAUUUUCGGCAUUGAAUCGUUUCAAAAUGAAUCGAAAGAAAUCAUUCACCGGUCAUAUGGUCUCCGGAUAUGCAUGCAGUUUGGAUUUUUCGCCCGAUAUGAGCUACCUAGUGUCUGGCGAUGGCGAUGGAAAAGUUUAUAUUUGGGAUUGGAAAACAACCAAACUGUAUAAGAAAUGGCAAGCACACGAGGGUGUAUGCAUUUCCACCUUAUGGAAUCCACAUGAAUCCAGCAAAUUGAUAACAGCCGGGUGGGACGGUGCCAUUAAAUAUUGGGAUUAAAUUAAUCUACACGAUUAUAAUUUUUUUUUUUUAACAAUAGCAAAUAUUUUACGUUAUUAUGAUAGGGAUGUACGAAAAAAAUGUCAGUCGUAUAAAAAUGUCACUUGGAAUUUCAGUUGACCGAAUAAAUUGCUAUUAAGAUAGAAGAAA